AUGAUGAUGCGUCACUGCCGCCUCCUCCUCCUCCUCUUCACCCCUUUCGUCGCUGCUGACAGACUCCGACGGGAGCUCGACGGUGAUUGGGGCCCCAUCGAAAAUAUCAACAAACCCUAUCUGAAAGAGAUCGCGGAGUUUGCAGUUUCUGAAAUCAGCAAACAAUCCCACAAGAAGUUGGUGUUCCAGAGCGUUCUCAAGGGUGAGAGUGCUGUGGCACGAGGAAUGGAUUAUCGUCUUGACAUUGAGGUCAAGGAUGAGUCGUCGCCCUAUUCCCCUACUACUGUCAUAUAUAAAUGUUCUGUCUUCGAUGGUAUCUUAGACGAGGGGAUGAGAUUUAAGGGUUGUGAGAUCCUUUCGUAG